CCCAGACCAGGAACUCCCAGACCCCACCCUGGCAGCGGGAAACUCCAGCCCGCCCUGGCUACAACACCAGCCCUGUCCCGGCUCCAUCCCCCUCCUUACUCCCCCCGAGCCCAAUCUCUCUCCCUGUCUAUAUCCCCACAUCCAUCUCUGUUUCUGCCCUUGUUCCUGUCUUCAUCUCCAUCCCCAUCCCUCUCCCCUUCUCUGUUUCUGUUCCCAAUCCGGUCUACAUUCCCAUCACCAUCUUCUAUUCCUAUCCUGGUCCCAAUACCCUAUCUGCCUCCUCAUCCCUAUUCUCAUCGUUAACUGCAUCUCCAAACCUGUAUCCCUUUCUCAUCUCACACCCCAUCCUUUUCCCUUCCUCUAUCUCCAUUCUCUAUCUCCACCUCCCGCCGCUGACUUUCGGUACUUUUACGGGAAACAAAAAUCAGAGGCGGAGACGGGGUCGGGCCGGACGGGGUUUAAAGGGAUGAGUGUACCGCGUUCGGCGAGUUUCGCUUUAGCCGCCGCAACCCGAUGAGCCGCCGGUUCCUCUGCGUCCUCGCCCUGCCCGUCGGGGCGGCCCUGGCCGGGGCCGCGGCUGGGAGCCAGCUCUUCUGCCAGUCAGCUGAGAUCCCUAGAGGAGACACGGACGGCACCAAGGAGGGAAAGGUGACCAGUACCCAGCAGAAAGCCUCCAGAAGGGAAGGCAAAUGCAACCUGUCGGGCUGGUGGCAGAAUGAUCUGGGCUCCAAGAUGAACUUGUCCACAGCUGACAGCCAUGGUAACUUCUCUGGCGUGUACUACACUUCCGUGUCAAGUGCCCAGAAACCCAUUGAGCCAUCCCCCCUCAGUGGCUCCCAGCACUUGGAUGAGGAUGAAUGCACAUUUGGUUUCAUUGUCAACUGGAAGUUUUCUGACUCCAUAGCUACCUUCGUGGGCCAGUGUUUUUCUGGGGACAAUGGGGAUGAGGUCCUGAAGACCUCCUGGCUGCUGAGGGAGAAGAGCAACUCCCUGUCCAGUGACUGGAAAGCCACCAGGAUUGGCAACAACACCUUCACUCGCGUGGGCUGAUAGGAGAACAGAGAAGCCUAUCACUUCAUCUGGGCUUGCGAGAC